AGCGCUUGGGCGCGAGUUCGAGUCGUUCCGCAAGCUCUGCCAGAUUGCGAAGAAGCACAACGUCUUCCUCUCCGUCGGCAUCGUCGAGCGGUCCAUCGUUGGCGCGACCUUGUUCUGCUCGAACAUCCUGAUCGACUCGAACGGCGUCCUCCUGUCCAAGCACCGCAAGCUGAUGCCAACAGCCGCCGAGCGCGUCGUUUGGGGCACAAGCUCUGCGACGAACCAGCCCGCCUUCCUCGGGACAGACCACAAGCCAACCGACAAUCUACCCGUCGUCUGGUGUCCCUCACUCGGCUUCCGUAUCGGCGGCAACAUCUGCUGGGAGAACUACUGCCCGCUGCAGCGGUACGCGCUGUACCGGAAGGGAGUGAGCCUCUACCUUGCGCCGACGGCCGAUGCGAGGCCGACUUGGCUGCCGAGCAUGCAGCAUAUCGCAAUGGAGGGACGGACGUUCGUCGUCUCCGCCAACCAAUUCCAGAAGGCCAGCGACUUCCCAGAGGACUACCCUGCUCGCGUCGCAGCAGGCGGAAAAGACGACGUCUGGUCUCGCGGCGGAUCGUGCAUCGUCUCGCCGCUGGGCGAGGUGCUUGCAGGACCGCUCUGGGACGGGGAGGGCGUCCUUUACGCCGACAUUGACGCCGACGACAUCCUCGGAGCCAAGCUGGACAUGGACUGCGCAGGUGCGGGCCAUUACGCUCGGGAGGAUAUCUUCAAGUUCGACGUCCGCGCGUAG